AUGUAUACCAGACACUACAAAACCAGAAAGUCCGUCGUCAGAAUGGAUCCGGACUGUGCGAUAUGCCGGGCGCCGGCAAACGCCCAAUGUGAGUGCGAGGCGAAAGGUCUCGAGGUGGCCAUCCGGCAAGCCGAGCAGAGGGUGAUGCAGUCCAUCUACAAUGACAUCCGGACGUGGGUGCGGGAACACGCGCAGGACUACAUCCUCGAGUACUUCCGCCUCCUGACGGAGCGCCGCAAGCAGGCCCACAGCCAGGUCAUCGACCGCAUCCACGCCGACGCCUACCGGUACUACCGCGCCGCGCCGCACCCCUCGGACAUCCACCAGGCCGAGGCCGCCCUCAAGCGCCACAUCGACGAGGACUGGCAGGCCUCGGUGCAGCGCUACCCGGAGGUGCUCGAGUACUUCUACGGCCUCGUCGAGCUGACCCUGCCGCCCGAGGACGACCCCUCGGUGCGCGACCCGCCGCUCAGCGCGCUGGCCGGCACCAAGCGCCUCGGCACGAGGCGCAACAGCGCCGCCGUGCCCGGCACGGUCGCCAGCGCGCCCAGCCUGCCGCCCGAGCCGCUGCUGCGCGGCAGGACGCCGCCGGUGGCCAUGGCCCCCGGCCCGUUUAUGGAGCGGAGGACGCCCGCUCCGCGGGACCGGCGGAGCGGCGGGUUCAGGGCGCCGCCGCACGCGCCGCCGGGGUCGUUCUACCAAGGGUAUUGA